AGCUCCAAUUUUCGAUAGGGUUUUAGUAUUCGGGGUUUUCGUAAUUAAGGAGGAGCGGAAGGCUGCAAAUAUUUUCGUCGAGACCGCAAUUCGGUGCCUUUGCCACAGUGAGCCGGCAAACGAUCUAAUUGAUUUGACGUGCAUUGCUUUUGUACCCUUUUCCGGUCUGUGUUUACUCCAGUCUGCUGUCUCCAGCUGCUUAUUUAUCAGUAUCAGCCAUGGCUGCAGAGCCCACAAUAUUGGAAGAUGUUCAGGGAGAUGGGAGAUGGAUGAGCAUGCACCGGCGCUUCGUGAGCGAGGCGAAGGAGCGCGAGCCGGACGUGGUGCUGGUCGGCGACUCCAUCAUCUACCACCUGCAGCACUCAAACACGUGGCAGCGCCGCUUCGCGCCGCUGCACGCGCUUAACUUCGGCAUCGGCGGCGACCAGACGCAGCACGUGCUCUGGCGCCUCACGCACGGCGAGAUGGACAACUUCUGCCCCAAGGUGGUUGUAUUGCUGGUGGGCACCAACAACUUCAACUUCUCGCCGGAGCAGAUCGCCGACGGCGUCAUGGCCAACGUGAACGUCAUCCGGAAGCUGCAGCCGCAGGCCUUCGUCAUCGUCAUGGGCCUGCUACCUCGCGGCGAGAAGCCGAACCACCUGCGGGAGCGGAACGCGCAGACUAACGAGCUGCUGGCCGGGCGGCUGGCGUCGCUGGAGCGGACGCAGCUGCUGGCCGACUACAGCGAGCUGGUUUCGGCCGACGGGCAGAUCGACCACCAGGACAUGGCCGACUAUCUGCAUCUGACACCGGAGGGCUACUCGAAGGUGUUCGAGCCCGUGUACGACCUGAUUCUGCAAAUUCUGAACGAGAAGGAAUGCCUAGACGGCGCCACUGGCGAAUAGGCCGCGCGACCGGCGCGUAGAUGGCGCCACCGCUGCCCCGUGGCACGGCUCCCGACCCACCGCCGGCCAGUGGGCGGUUAUGUCAGUAUUACGUUCUGCUUCUGUGUGACCAGUACGCUCCUAUCGACGCCGUUGGCCUCCGCUGCCCCGCUCCUCCGAGUGCAGCGGCAGCGAGGGGGCCAGGAGCUACUCAGGAGUCGCUUGGUUCGGUUGUCGGCACGUUUGGUUAUGUACUGUGCGGGGUGGUGGCCAGGUUCAUGCCACGGCCGCUCUUGUGUUUGGGGCUGCGGAGACGUCCGUUGGGCUCUGCAGGGCUGGUGGGAGGAGGAGGGGCACCGCGCGAAACCCAUCGAUUACCUGAGGGGCGAACGCCUUGGAGGACCGUUGGUCACAUUCCUCUCGGUUGUUUUUGGCUAGACUUGUUUUGUGGGUGUGUGGUCGGGAAGGUGAACCAUAUGCACGCCGCUGGUUCCUGGAGUACUUUGUUUUGUUCGCUAGCUGUAAGUGUCAUUGCAAACGACUUAGCCUAGUUUGUAUUGCGUACGUCUAGAGGGUCACCAAUCACCAAGGAGAGACGCCACUUUUCUGGUUGCGUGGUGGGGAUGGUUGCUUCCACUUGUCACCAGAAGCGGUGCUGCAAUGCUGGAACUGACAAUACAAACGCACUGGGUUGGGCCGGUAUGCAAUUUGCAUGGAGCAUGGUACACCGUGUGAUCCACAUCUGUGAUUUUUCGUGUGGAGGUGUGGAAACGAUUGCCUUUCAGUGGAUGUUUCACAAAAGCCUUGCGAACGCUGCCCUUUCGUACUCUACCCUUGGCUGACCCCUUUUCACCGUGUUAGGCUUGCUAACGCUGUCCUAUUUUCGGAAGCAGCUCUUGGCUUGCUGGCCAUGGAGGCCUCAGCGCCGUGGUCACAGUCUGGGGGAGUCAGCUGAGUUUGGAGGAUGGUGUGUGCUUCCGGUGUCAUUGAUUUUGUUCGCUGUAUGUGUCGCGAGAACUCAGAAUAAAGGGCAUGCUGUUUC